CCGCGCCGCGCUCGGAGGACUCGGGAGGACUCGGCUGGCCGCGGGGGUGCGGGGUCCCCGGGGCGCGCGCGCGGGAUGGAGGAGGAUGAGCCGCAGCCCAGCGAGGCGGCGGCGCCCGAGCCCGGCGGAGACGCGGACACCGGCCGCCGGCGCGCUCGGAUGCUGCCCGCGGCGCCGCCCGCGCCGGGCAACCACCAGCUCCCGCACCGCGUCACCAACUUCUUCAUCGACAACAUCCUGCGGCCCGAGUUCGGCCGGCGCAAGGACGCGGGGCCGGGGGGCGCGGGCCCGGGGGGCGCUCGCGGCGGCCGGGCCGGCGAGGCGGGCGGCGGCGGCGGCGGCGGCGGCGGCGGCGCCGAGCAGCUCCGGGGCUCGGCCCGGGAGCCGCGGCUGAACGCGCCCUGCGCGCCCGUGGCCGGCGGCCCGCUCCCGGCCGGCGAGGGCGACGCUCCGGCCGACGGCGACGGCGGCGCCAAGAAAGCCGGCGACCCCGGGGGCGCGCUGGACGGGGCGCUCGGGGCCCGCGGCGCGGGCGCCGGGGACGUGUCGGUGAGCUCCGACUCCGACAGCUCCCAGCCCGGCGCCAACCUGGGCGCGCAGCCCAUGCUCUGGCCCGCCUGGGUCUACUGCACGCGCUACUCCGACCGGCCUUCGUCGGGCCCCAGGUCCCGCAAACCAAAGAAGAAGAACCCCAACAAGGAGGACAAGCGUCCGCGCACGGCCUUCACGGCGGAGCAGCUGCAGCGGCUCAAGGCGGAGUUCCAGACCAACAGGUACCUGACAGAGCAGCGGCGCCAGAGCCUGGCCCAGGAGCUCAGCCUCAACGAGUCCCAGAUCAAAAUCUGGUUCCAGAACAAGCGCGCCAAGAUCAAGAAGGCCACGGGCAGCAAGAACACGCUGGCGGUGCACCUGAUGGCGCAGGGCCUGUACAACCACUCCACCACGGCCCGCGAGGGCAAGUCCGACAGCGAGUAGGCGCAGGAGCCCGGCCCAGCCACGGCUCGGUUCCGAGGUCUUUGAGUUUGUUUACGGGAUUAUGCUGUUGACGGUUUUCCUUCCUUCCUUCCUUCCUUCCUUCCUUCCUUCCUUCCUUCCUUCCUUCCUUCCUUCCUUCCUUCCUUCCUCCCUCCUUUUUCUUUCUUUCUUUCUUUCUUUCUUUCUUUCUUUCUUUCUUUCUUUCUUUCUUUCUUUCUUUCUUUCUUUCUUUCUUUUGUUUUUGGAGGGGCUGCUUAAAGUUUGAUCUUUUUAACCCCCCAAUCUCCAUUAUGGGACAUCGAAUAUUUUUUUUUAAUUUCAAAAGAAGAAAAAGUUAAAACAACUUGCUGAAGUCCAAAGAUUUUUAUUGCUGCAUUUCACGCGACUGUGAACGGAAGAAAUAGCUCCUACUUGCUCUCCGAAUCCUGCCACUUUGUCUGUGCGUGUGCUAAGGGCUGCAUCGUCGUCGGGCCAUGCCCCCAGGCCCAGCAGCGGCGGGACCAGCGGACCUUGGGGUGCCCCCGGAGUGGCCCCGCUGCCAGCCACCCCUCCCCCUGCCUGGGCCUGCCCUGCCCUGUGUGCUCCUGUCCUCUGUUCGUCCUGUCCACGCUGCUGUCCGGCACCACCAGCGCCAGCUCUCUCCUCCCCAGACCCGCUUUGGGUGAAGGGGCGGCCAAGGGGCCGAGGCCCUGCUGGGACAACCCUUCAGCACCCGCUCGAAGGGGUGCAGGGGCACCCCAGGGACCUGCCCUGAUCUUCCCUUCCUCCUGCUGCCGUGGCCUUUCAGAGCGGCCGUAAGCGUACGUGUCCGCUGCCCAGAACACAGGCAACCUGGACUUUGAAAGGAACUCAGAAGCCUCUGGAACCUAGAGGGAGGAAGAAAAACGUGUAAAUAACCAUUUCUAAUCACUUUUUUUGUCUUUUCUUGUUUUUUUAAAAUAUACAUUUUAUUUUUUGAAGGUGUGGUACAGUGUAAAUUAAAUAUAUCCAAUAUAACCCCUCUGAGUACAUAUAUAUAUAAGCAGACCCAUCUCUGAAGUCCACGCAUCGUCUGUUUGUGUGAAAGAACGGGUCCCUCUGGCCGCCGGGCAGCCCUGGGCACCCCGUGCGGCAGCAGCCCCGGCCGGCUGCGGAUUGAGGGGACCCUCUCUUUGCCUUAAGCCGAUUUAUUUCCCUGCCAUGCGUUUUACUUUGUACAUACUAGUAUAAACCUCUUCCAAAAGGAAACUAUGAAAACGAAAGCUGUAAUUUAAGUUUCUGUGAAUGACCAUCUGCUGCUGAGGAAAUGCGAUGAGAUAUGUAUGCCUUUUUAGCAGGAAGCAAAAGGGGUUUUUUUUUGGUUUGUUUUGUUUUUUAAAAAUUUUUUGUUUAUAAAACAUGUGCAUUUUGCAGUUCCAGUAUCAAAUAUUUAUAAUCUUAUAAGAAAUGAAUGUUUCUAUUUACAACUGUGUUUAUCAAAAUUGUGAGCACUUCCCCUGCAGUUUUGUGUGUUUGAAUUCUUCAAGAUUACCUUAAA